CCCGAGCACAAAAAAUUUGAGCCCCAAUUGACAAAAUCACGAUUCAUCGAACAACGGCGACGACAACUUAACUCUACACACAUUCGCAGCUCGAAGCCAAAGACUCCUCCUGCAAUCCGCCGAAUCCCAAAGAAAUCCGCGAAGAAAAGAAGGGCAAGGAGUGGACGGGCCAGAAAUGUUUGGCAAUUGGAAGUUGGCGGCAACUUUUAGGCCUUUGGGGCGUCUGCGUUGGCUGAUGGAAGGAAGCUGGAACGGCUACCUAGUUGCAUUGUCAGCUAAGCGAUCUUUAAUAGGACUGCACUCAGAACAUUUUCAGAAAUGGUGCAACAAGGAAGCUGACCAGAGUUGCAAGUUGCCGGUCAAGUGGAAAAUAGAUGGAUAA